AUGUACCACUGUGGCUAUUUUACCGUCAAAGAUCAUGACAAGCGCUUGAACGUGUAUAGUGUAGCUUCCCCAAAUGACGAUGUCCGAUUUGGAGUUGUGAGAAUCACUUUACGGAUGCACGCACGCAUGUCCGACAGAACGCGUAGGUCUCACAUCCGGGAGCUGGUUACUGAGUUGGAGGCCGGUAGGCUCAAGUCGUUCCUGCGCGAAUUCGACUCCUUCUUCAAUUGUUUGAAUAUGUUUUACCAGAAGACCGAUUAUCAAUUUAUCAUUAAUGGGGUGUUCUGCCUGUUGGGAGAGUUCAUCAAAACUGAGCUCAAACCCUUCUCCGGCGGUGCUGGUGCCAUUGCGGAAACAAGUAAGCGCAUUUACAAAUUUGCUUUCAAAGUGGAUGGUACCGCUAAGGAGGCUCUUGAUGAAGCCAAGACAUUUCUUGUCCAACAAAAAGAGAAAAACAGUACCCACAAGAUUUUGAAAGUGGGAGUGGAAGUGAGAACGGCGGCUCCUAAUAAGCCAAAGACCAUUCAGUCUCAUGUCGUGACAGACUCCGACUCCGACAACGCUGCUGUCGGGAACGCUGCUGCCGCUUAG